UAUUAUUAAUGCAUGCACUAAUUAUGGAGGGUAGUGUGUGGAUAUCAAAUUUGCCCCACCAGAGCCUGGGCUUCAUACUAGCAGAUGCUGGAUAUGAUGUAUGGAUUGGAAAUAGCAGAGGAAACUUCUGGUCUAGAAGACACAAGCACCUUUCAGUUAACAAAACAGAAUUUUGGAAUUUCAGUUUGCAUGAAAUGGGCAUCUAUGAUCUUACUGCCAUGACAGAGUUUAUUCUACAUAAAACUGGACAGCAGAAGAUUUUUUAUGCUGGUCAUUCUGUGGGAUCCGCAAUAGCUUAUGUUGCAUUUUCUGUCCGCCCACACCUGGCUGAGAAAAUAAAACUGUUUUUUGCCUUGGGUCCUGCAUACACAUUUCAGAAAGCCAUAAGUCCCCUAGUACAAAUACUACGUUUGCCAGAAGUAUUAAUCAAGCUCAUAUUUGGGAAGAAGGAAUUUGUUCUGCUGAAUCCACGCCAGAGAACAGCUCUGGCCCAACAAUGCAGACGGCAACCGGCUGAUGAACUCUGCAGACAAGCACUUUCUCUAAUGGCUGGAUUUAAUCUGAAGAAUUUAAAUAAGAGCCGUUCUGAUGUGUAUAUUUCACAUUUCCCAGAUUAUACUUCGGUAAAACACAUAAUCCACUUGAGCCAGUUUAUUAAAAGUGGGCUUUUCAGAUAUUUUGACUAUGGCUCGAAGAACAUAGAUAUCUAUAACCAGACAACUCCACCAUUCUACAGGAUAGAGGCCAUCACUGUGCCAGUUGCUAUGUGGACUGGAGGACAAGAUUGGGUUUGCCGGCCAAUGGAAAUUGCACAAUUACGCUUUCGAACAACUAAUGUUGUCUAUUAUAAGGAGAUUCCUGAUUGGUCUCACUGGGAUUUUAUUUGGGGCAUUGAUGCUCCCCAACGUGCAUACAAGGUAAUCCUUGGCCUGAUGGAGAAAUAUCGAUGAAGCCAUCUGGAAUUCCACGGUUCUCAUUGUACCUGUGGAAGUGCCAGACACUCAAGUGUUUUUUGUUUCCUGAGUUUACGUUGACUGUCUUUAUUGUUCAUUUGAUUUGUGUUCAAAUUUGCUUAUCCUUCUGUUUUAUUUAUGAACCAUGGUGUGUUUCUUUCCUACUGAAGAAUUAAGUCUAGAUCCUACUGCUAACUUAAUGUAGAUCCUAAAGUUAUAAACAAUGUAACUUCCUAGGCUUUUAACUUGUAGGCGGGUUUGCAAGUUUUCUUAAAUAAAUAAAUCCGAUCUGAACACUG